AUGUGUCUGAGGUAUGGGCUGGAGGUUGAGGAUAUUAGUCAUCUGUUUUUUCGAUGUUCUCACUCAGUUCAGGUAUGGAAGUUAUCUCUCCUUCGCUGGGAUUUUUCUCAACAUUCUCCUUCUUCUUUUGUUGAAUGGUGGAAUAGAAUUUCGAGCGAUGUUUUGCAUUCAAUGGCAAAUAAAUGUGCUAUGAUUGGGUUGGCUUCCUUUUAUAUUUGGCUGAUUUGGAAUGCUAGAAAUCACUUGGUUUUUGCAAAUGAAGUGUGGGAUCCUUUAUUGGUGGCUAAUUUAGCUGCAGCUCGUUUUUGGGAAUUUAUAAAAGUGCAGCAAAAAUGUAAACAGCUGCUUUCUCCAUUGAAUCCUAUUGUAUCCUCUAACUGUUGGAGUCAUCCGUUGCGAAACAUGAUUAAAUGUAACGUGGAUGCUAGUUUUUCCAAAUCUUCUUUGUUAGGGGGUGACAGGGCGGUGUUUCGAAAUUCAGAUGGCUCUAUUAUUCAAGCUGUGAUCUUUAAGUCGUGUUCAUCCUCGUCUGUAUUUAAGGCUAAGACUUUUGCAUUCCGUCGUGCUGUUUACUGGGCUAAAGUCUUUAAUUUUCAGGCGGUCUGUUUUGAGUCGGAUGCUAAAUUGGUGGUGGAGGCUUUAACAGGAGUUCGCUCUGUGGAGGGUGCAGUAGCUUCUUUAAUGGUUGUUGUACAACAAGAGCUUAAAUCUUUUCAUACAUUCUCCAUUGCUCAUGUGAGAAGGGAGGGUAAUAUGGCUGCCCAUGCUUCGACUUCUCUAUCGAGUGUUGAUAUGGAUGCCGAUUCAGUGUUUAGUUCUAUGCCGUCAUCAUUUCUUCGCAUUGUGGAGGCGGAUGCUGUUGCUUGA